UGGCGACCGACGGAGGAGUGAAGUCAGUUGCUUCGCAAGUUCCUUUUCACGACCUGUGCUCUUUGCUUGAGAAAAUACGCGGUGUUAAAGGAACUGAUAAGAAAAAGAGUAUUUUGAAGUCUUUUAUAGGAUCCUGGCGGGAGACUCACAACAAAAUUCACGGUGAUGAGAUAACUGAUGAUUCAUUCUUUCCUGCAAUGCGCUUGCUCCUACCUCAGUUUGACAAAGAGCGACCAGCCUAUGGUAUGAAGGAGACAGCCUUGGCUAGACAUUACAUUGAAAUACUCAGCAUUGGAAAGGAUAGUUUAGAUGCAAAGAAACUACUCAAUUACAAGGCACCAACUCAUGCAUUAAAGGAUGCAGGUGACUUUGCAAUGGUAGCAUAUUUUGUUUUAAAGAAACGAUGUCCUGAGAAAGGGAGUUUAACCUUAAAACAAGUGAAUGACCUUCUUGACAAGGUUGCUAUGGGGAAUGUGAAUCAUAAAAAAGCAGAUACAAGAAGCGCAUUGCAAAUUCUUCUGAGAAAUACCAGUGCUUUGGAACAGAAGUGGUUGAUCCGAAUGAUAAUGAAGGAACUAAAAGUUGGGACUAGCGAAAAAUCCAUUUUCGAUGUCUACCAUCCAGACGCCAUGGAUUUUUAUAACGUGUGUAGUACCCUUUCAAAGGUGUGUCAAGAUCUUAAAGACCCGACAGUGAGGAAGAACGACUCUGACAUCACAUUGUUUUCUGCAUUUAAACCAAUGUUGGGUCAACGUGCGGCCAUAGAUGAGGUAGAAAAACUGAUGGGCGAACAAGAUUUUAUCAUCGAAACGAAACUGGAUGGAGAGAGAUUUAUGUUACACAAACAAGACAAUAUGUUCAAAUACUUUUCACGAGGUUCGAACGAGUAUACAGCGACGUUUGGUGGUUCCCCAAAUGAAGGAUUCCUCACGCCAUUUAUUGCAAACUGCUUCGCCAGCAAGGUAAAAUCGUGCAUACUGGAUGGUGAAAUGAUGGCUUUCAAUGCUUCAAAUGAAGUGAAAUUUGUCUCAAAAGGAGCCAAUAUUGAUUUUAAGAGUGAAAAGACCUACUCUGGAGGUACAGGUCUUCAUCCAUGUUUCGUGGUAUUCGAUGUCCUCUUGGUAAACAGCAAAAGUAUUGCAAGUUUACCACUGAAAGAGCGAUUGGUAACUUUGGAAAAAGUAUUCACACCCGUUCCUGGACGAAUUCAACUGGUUUCAAGUCAACCAGGGAAAAACAGGCAAGAUGUGAUAAAGGCGUUGAACGAAGCCGUGGAUAAAUACGAAGAAGGAUUAGUCGUAAAAUCGCCGUUGUCAAUUUAUCAACCAAAUGUUAGAAACGGAAGUGGUUGGCUGAAGAUAAAACCUGAAUAUGUUGAUGGAUUAACAGACGAGUUGGACGUCAUAAUCCUUGGAGGUUACUUCGGAAGUGGGUUCAGAGGUGGGAUGGUUUCGCAUUUCUUAUGUGUUUUUGCUGCUCCAACCUCAUCCCCAGAAGAAAAACCUAGCAAGUUCUACUCAUUUUGCAAGGUUGGCUCAGGAUAUUCUAUAAAUGAACUGAAAGAACUAUGUCGUCAACUGCAUCCAUAUUGGAAAAAAUUUGACCCAAAAAAGCCUCCAUCAGUCAUUGAGCUACCAUCUAGUUUCAAGGAGAAACCUGAUGUCUGGAUUGAACCUUCAAAAUCGAAGAUCGUUCAGAUCAAGGCAGCAGAGAUUGUUCCCUCGGACAACUACAGGGCCGGUCUGACGUUGCGAUUUCCAAGACUUGAAAAAAUUCGUGACGACAAAAGUUGGUACGAGUGUCUCGACAUGACUGAACUCGAGAGAUUACGAACGAUCGCGAAGGGAAAGCUCUCGUAUCAGCACACGUCGACAAGUUACGAGCCUGCGCCGAAGAAAAGACGUGCGGUUACGCGCGUGGAGAAACCGAUGACCGUUGCUAAGCAUUUCGCUAGCGCUGAUGCUUCUGCCGUAGAAGAGAAAUCAAAGAUUUUUGAUGGGAAAGAGUUUUACAUCGUGAAUGGUCCGCCCGGCUGUGGCAAAGUUGAAAUUGAGACAAAAAUAAUAGAGAAUGGAGGAUCUGUUGUUCAAAACCCUGGGAAAGAAACUUUCUGUGUGGUAGCCCAUAAAAGCAAUGUACGCCUCCAGAAUAUCGUGAAACAAGCAGUUUACGAUAUCGUGUAUUCAAAUUGGUUAUUAGAGUGUUUGGAAAGUAACAAGCUUUUGCCAUGGUCCCCAAGUCACAUGAUGCACAUGUCACCGAAGACGCGGGAAAAGUUCGCCUUAGACUAUGACGAAAAUGGCGACAGUUAUACCAGAGAUUUAAAUGUGGCAUCUUUGAAAGAAAUCUUUCAAAAAAUCGACGAAAAGCAAAACAUGGUCAAGUUAACGAGAGAAGAAAUUGUUCAAGUAGAGUCAAGAUAUUUUCCAAAUUCACCCCUUGGUUUAUUUAGACAAUACAGGUUUUAUGUGGAUCAAUACUUGGAAAUCGGUGAUCCCCGAACGAAAAUUCCCAACUGUAGUUUGGACAUACAAGCCGCCGAACUGCAAUACUACGGCGCACAAUUAAGCGAUGAAUUUGACGAGGAUGUUACACACGUCAUUAUGAACCCCAGAGACUUAUCAAGGCUGCCACGAAUUCAAGAGGUGUCACGUGAGAGAUCACGGAAAGCGCACGUGGUCACGGCAUCGUGGGUAUCGGAGAGCAUAGAAGCCGGUACUAUAUUGAAAGAAAGGAACUACGGCCCAUAGAGUAAUUAACGGAGGAGGUGUAUAUAUAUAUAUAUAUUUAUUGAA